AUGGGCUGGAAGAAGUCUAUAAAUAGUUCACAAGAUUAUGUUGUACUUGACAAGGAAAGCUACAACAACAAAGAAAGUUACAACAGCAAUUAUAGUUUUAAUAGCAAAGAAAGCUAUAAUAUCAAGGAUGCAUUUAAUUUUAAUAACAAGGAAGGCUAUAAUGAAAUUCAAUAUUCGCCUCCUUCAUCUAUCACACUUUCACCUUCAACUCCAACAUCAAUGACAUCAACACAUUCAGUAGACUUAAAACAAAAAAAAAGGAAAAGUUUUGAUAAAUUCAAACUUUUUAGAUCUUCUUCAACUGAAUGUGGGAAAAAAUUAUAUGAUGAUCUGUUAAAAAUACACAAUCAAGCUGCAAAGGGUGAUCUGAUAAAAUAUGGUAUUGUUGACUUUGGAAGCUCUAACACAAACAUCCAAAAGAUGAAGGAUAAAUUUAAAAAAUUUGAAAAGAAAUUCAAUGUUUAUAAUUAUGUUUUCAGUGAUCAGCAUAUUAAAGAAAUGUUGGAAGAUAUCAAAAAUUUUAAAGAAAAAAAGGAUGUUCAAGAUUUUCUAAAUAAUUAUAACAAGUUUGAAAAUUUUGAAAGCAAUGACAUAACAGAACGAAUGAGUCAUUUUAUAUUAAUAGUAAUCAAAACAUACUGGAAUUUAUUUGCAAGAAAUGAAGCUUACUUCACCGAGUUAUAUUCUGAGGAGCAUAUCCGUUCUAUCUUAUAUACACCAAUGUUUGAUGCUUUAUUCUUCAAUAAAGAUUCAAGUGAUGCAAAUAGUGAAAGGCGUAACAAAGAUAAAGAGAAUGUGUCAGAACGUACACGAAAUCCCCUUAUUCCAGAUAUCAAAGUAAACUAUGCUAUUUAUGAAGCUGAAGUUGUUACAUUUGAGCAAGCAAAAACUGCUGCUCGGAAAAAGGGUCUCAAUAAAGCAAUCAAUGAUUCAAAUAAAUUAUCUAUACUAUUACAUGAUCAAAUUACUCAUUUUCAUUCUAUCCUGGAAAAAAGAUCUUUGAAAAAUUAUAUUAAUUUGAUAAAUGUAUUUGGUAUCCGCAUUUCUGAAUUAGAUCUGGAUAUCCACAUCAUGUAUUUAGCUGCUCCUGAACUUUACCUGAAACACAAACUCUUUUCAAUAAAUCUUCCUAAACGACUUUCUGGUUUUUGCUCCAUAAGAACUUGUUUAAUUGACUUAAUUAGAUUUAGGUUGAUUUUAGAUGAAUCUUAUGAUUCAUUUAAAGGAAUUAUAAGGCUUGAUUCAUUAGAUUCUAGACUUGCAAAUCCUGACACCUCAUGGAUCGUCAACAUUAAAGAAUAG